CUUCUUCUUCACCAUCUCUCAAACCAAACCUUUCACCACCAAAACCCUCAAUCAAAACCUUUCAUCAAUACCCAAAAAAUGGAGUCACCCUUAACCCCAAUCCACUUCGCACUAGCAACCCUAUUCGGAGCAUCAGUAAUGGCGAUCUCAGCUUUCUACAUACACAAACGCAGCGUUGAUCAGGUCAUCGACCGCCUCAUCAAGCUCCGGCGACGCCCCUACUCUGAUCACGAAGAGUUUUCUGGUUUUGAAGAUAUCGAUGAUAUUGAUGAUACAAAUUUUGUUGAUGAGCUCGGAGACGACAGUGCUGCUGGUGCUGGUGGUGAUUAUUUGAUUAGUAAUAAUAAUAAUAAUCAUGCGUUUGGUAUGUCGUGUUCGUUGCCGAAUGUCGGGUUGAAUAAUGACUGGGUGGGUAAACCGGUGUCGUUUGGCUCAUUGGAGAAACUUGUGUCGGAUAAUUUACCACCUUUGCGGAUGAAUCAAAGACAAGGUGAACAUCACCAUGAUCAUCAAUCCGGUUCGAAGACCAGAGUUGGUUCUUUCGGUAGAAUCCAUACACCACGAUCACCAGCUAGCUACGCGUACGAUGGUGCUGAAAAUUCGGAUGAUGACGGGACCGAAACUGCCGUUGGGGAGGACAUUCAGUACUUUGACGAGGGCGAGAUCAUAAGCUCUUCUGCACACGAUAUAUACUCGAGCAUUCAGAACGUGUCUUUGGUUCUUGCACAAGCCGAGCAUGCAAACGGUAACCAAUCUAAUAUACAUACGAAAGAUUCAACUGAAGAUAACGGCAUCGAGAAAACCGAACUUACUUCGGAAAACAUUCCCGGUAAGGAUCCCAACAUAGUUUUCCCGCAACCAACUUUGAUGAAAGAGUCGUUGAAUCAUGAAGAGGAAGAAGUUAGGAAAAUGAUACGCGAAUGCUUAGACUUACGGGAAAAAUACGUGUUCAGAGAAAAAGUUCUUCCAUGGACACAAUCACAUGAAGCAGAUAACGUUAAAAGUGACCCGUUUCAGUUCGUACCAGUUGAAUCAACUAAACAUCACUUCAGAAUGGUAGAUGGAGUUGUUCGUGUUUAUGCAAGUGAGAACGAUUCUGUUGAACUUUUCCCUGUUGCAAGUGCAACGACAUUUUUCACCGACAUGCAUCACGUUCUCAAAAUAAUCUCUGUUGGAAAUGUUCGUUCUGCGUGUUUUCACCGGCUAAGAUUUCUCGAGGAGAAAUUCCGUCUUCAUCUGUUGGUGAAUGCAGAUAGCGAGUUUCUAGCACAAAAAGGCGCACCCCAUCGUGACUUUUACAAUAUCAGAAAAGUUGACACUCAUGUUCAUCAUUCUGCUUGCAUGAACCAAAAACACCUUCUCCGUUUCAUUAAAUCUAAAUUACGAAAAGAACCGGAUGAGGUGGUCAUAUUUCGUGAUGGACAAUAUCUUACAUUGAAAGAAGUUUUCGAGAGUUUAGACUUAACUGGGUAUGACCUUAAUGUUGACUUAUUGGACGUGCAUGCCGACAAGAGUACAUUUCACCGUUUCGACAAGUUUAAUCUCAAGUACAACCCUUGUGGACAGAGUCGACUCAGAGAGAUCUUCUUAAAGCAAGACAAUUUGAUUCAAGGUCGUUUCUUGGGAGAAUUAACGAAGCAAGUUUUAUCCGAUCUUGAUGCAAGUAAAUACCAGGUGGCGGAGUAUAGGGUGUCGAUAUACGGAAGGAAGCAAAGCGAAUGGGAUCAGUUGGCGAGUUGGUUCAUCAACAAUUCAAUUUAUAGUGAAAAUGCCGUUUGGCUAAUUCAACUUCCACGGUUAUAUAACAUUUACAAGAGUAUGGGAACAGUGACAUCCUUUCAGAAUAUUUUGGACAAUGUGUUUAUUCCUCUUUUUGAAGUCACAGUUGAUCCGAAAUCUCAUCCUCAACUCCACAUUUUCCUAAUGCAGGUUGUUGGGCUUGACCUUGUGGAUGAUGAAAGCAAGCCCGAAAGACGGCCCACUAAGCAUAUGCCAACGCCAGCUGAAUGGACAAAUGAUUUCAAUCCUGCAUACUCUUAUUAUGCAUAUUACUGCUAUGCGAACCUCUAUACCCUUAAUAAGCUUCGUGAAUCUAAAGGACUGCCAACAAUUAGAUUGCGGCCUCAUUGUGGAGAGGCGGGUGAUAUUGACCAUUUAGCAGCUGGAUUUCUUCUAUGCCACAAUAUUUCACAUGGGAUUAAUUUACGAAAAUCUCCUGUAUUACAGUAUUUGUACUACCUUGCUCAGAUCGGGUUGGCUAUGUCUCCACUGAGCAAUAAUUCGCUUUUCCUGGACUACCAUCGCAACCCGUUUCCCAUGUUUUUCCAGCGUGGCAUGAAUGUUUCGCUCUCAACUGAUGACCCGUUGCAAAUUCAUCUAACAAAAGAACCUUUGGUGGAGGAAUACGGUGUUGCAGCCAAGGUUUGGAAGCUAAGUUCUUGUGACCUUUGUGAGAUAGCAAGAAACUCCGUUUACCAGUCUGGAUUCUCACACGCAGCCAAGGCACAUUGGCUUGGAAGCAAGUACUACAAGCGAGGACCCGAAGGAAAUGAUAUACAGAAGACAAAUGUACCAAAAUUGAGGAUUGCAUUCCGUCAUCAAACAUGGACCGAGGAAAUGCAGUACGUGUAUGCAGGACGCGCAAGACUGCCUCAAGAAGUCGAGUAUUAGUAGGACCGGUAAAACAUCCUCAAUUCUCAUCCUUGGAUAAGAAAACACACAAUCAAACAAACAGAAGAUCUUAAGUUGUUUAGAUGUCUGCUUAUAUUUCCGGAUGAAAUGUUGUUUUAAGGUUGUAAUGAACUUUGUUGUUCUCCCUAUGUUGAGGGCCUAUGAGAAUGUUUAUGUAAAAUAAGGGUGAGAUUUAAGUAAUUCAAUGCACUAUUAAAUUAGAAACA